CCUUCAUUACUACUUCAGAUUAGGCAUAAGCACAAUCAGUAAAAUUGUUCGUUUAAUUUGCCACUUCUUGUGGGUUAUACUAAAAAACGAAUUACUUCCACAACCAACAGAAGAAAAUUGGCAAAAAAUAGCAAGAGAUUUUAAAAAAACCGCUCAAUUUCCAAACUGUCUGGGCUGUGUGGAUGGGAAACAUAUAAGAGUAAAUAGAUUUCCACAAAGUGGGUCAAUGAAUCUAAAUUACAAAGGAUAUUUUUCUAUUGUUCUUAUGGCGGUGGCCGAUUCAAAUUAUAAAUUCACCUAUGUAGACAUUGGAGCUUAUGGUAAAGAUUGUGACUCAUCAGUGUUUCAGCGUACUAUUUUUUUUGAGUUAAUGACGAGUAAUCAAUUAAAAAUACCAGCGCCAUGCCCUAUAGAUUCAACUAGUAAUAUACAUUUUCCAUUUGUACUUGUAGCAGAUGAAGCAUUUGGGCUAUCCGAACAUUUAAUGAGACCUUAUGCCGGGCAUAAUCUUACAGAAAAAAAAAGAGUUUUUAAUUACCGUUUAAGUCGGGCCAGAAGAUAUGUCGAAUGCGCUUUCGGUAUUUUAGCUAAUAAGUGGAGAAUUUUACAUAGGGCACUUAAUGUAUCAAAAAAGUUUUCGAAAGACAUAGUAAAAGCAUGUGUUAUUUUACAUAAUUUAGUUAGAACAAAGGAUUCACAAAUAUAUGACAUCGAUGUUUAUGAAACUAGAACGCUGCAAGAUUUACCUAGAGCUUUAUGUAAUAGAUCAUCAAGAACUGCAAAUGAUUUAAGGGAUCGUUUUGCAGACUACUUUGUGAGCACAGAAGGAUCGUUGCCAUGGCAAUUGAAAAAAAUUUGA